CAAUUCAGCACUUUGUUCUGCGCAGCGCUGCUGAGCUGCAGCUCCUCCUGCAGAACCCGCUCUAGAACCUCCUCAGAACCUCCGCGCUCCACCCUGCAGCUCCUCACUGCUCCUACUCUACCUCUCUCUAUCACUCUUUACCUCUAUCACUCUUUACCUCUCUCUCUCUCUCUCUCUCUCUCUCUCUCUCUCUCUCUCUCUCGCUCUCUCUGUCACUCUCUGUCUCUCUCUCUCAUGUUGGGGGAAGUUCGCGUGCAGCCUGGACUCUAGCAGCUGACUGUGCACGCGCUGGAAGUGUGUGUGUGUGUGAUGUGAGCAGCGCUGCAGCUGUUGUCCUGUUCAGCAGGAUGAUGAUAAUGAUGAUGAAGAUGAUGUUGGUGAUGAAGAUGAAAGUAACAGUGCUGUAGGAGAUCAGUGAGGAGCAGGAUGGGCUGCGCGCGCCGCCCCGCUCUGCUGAUGAUGCUCCUGUCCGCGUGCUUGGGUCACAACACAGUUGAUCCAGUCAGCCAGCUGAGACCAGAUAUCAAACAGGAACACUAUGAGUCUACAGAGCCGUGGCUUCUCAUUGGAGGACAGAAGAGACCAAUCAGCCACCUACAAACCAUGGGAAAUCCUGCAUCACUGGAGCUUCUGAUUGAAGCAGAGGGAGAACAGCUGCAGCUCAUCCUGCAGAAAAACGAGGGCCUGUUUGCCAGUCACUACACAGAGACGCAUUACCUGGACGGUGGGAAAGCGGUCAGAACCUCGUCCUCCACAGUGAACUGUUAUUAUCAUGGAGAGGUGAGGAGCUAUAAGGACUCUGAGGUGGUUCUCAGCACCUGUAUGGGACUCAGGGGGUUGAUCACAUUCAGAGAUACAGUUCUGGUUCUGGAACCGACACAGAAGCCCAACAGCACAGAGCAUCACAUCUACAGAGGAGAACAUCUGUCUCUGAGUGGAGGAACCUGCGGACACAAUGCUUCCCUCAGAGCAGCAGAACCUCCACAGAACAUCUUCAGCUCAAGACACAAGAGACAUGCCCAGAGCAACACCAAGUAUGUGGAGCUGAUCAUCGUGGCAGACAACCGUGAGUACCAGAAACAGGGGAAAGACGUGGAGAAGGUGAAGCAGAGACUGGCUGAGAUCGCCAACUACGUGGACAAGUUCUACAGGGCGCUGAAUAUCCGCGUGGCUCUGGUGGGUUUGGAGGUGUGGAGUGACUCAGAUAAAUGUCCCGUCACUCAGGACCCGUUCACCACCCUGCACGAGUUCCUGGACUGGAGGAAACUGAAGCUGCUCCCUCAGAAACCUCACGACAACGCCCAGCUCAUCAGUGGUGUGUAUUUUCAGGGCACCACUAUCGGUAUGGCUCCUAUUAUGAGCAUGUGCACGGCUGAGCAGUCAGGAGGAAUUGUUAUGGAUCACUCUGAUAACCCUCUCGGAGCCGCGGUGACUCUGGCUCAUGAACUGGGACACAACUUUGGGAUGAACCAUGACACGCCGGAGCGGGGGUGCGGCUGCAGGGUGACGGCGGAGAGAGGAGGCUGCAUCAUGACUCCGUCCACCGGGUACCCCUUCCCGACGGUCUUCAGUUCCUGCAGUAAGAAGGAUCUGUUGGGGAGUCUGGAGAAGGGGGUGGGCAUGUGUCUCUUCAACAUGCCGGAGGUGAAGGUUCUAUACGGGGGUCAGAAGUGUGGGAACGGAUACGUGGAGGAAGGAGAGGAGUGUGACUGUGGAGAUCUGGAGGAGUGUGUGAACCCGUGCUGUAAUGCGAGUACCUGCACUCUGAAGGGAAAUGCAGUUUGUGCUCAUGGUCAGUGUUGUGAAGAUUGUCAGCUGAAGCCUGCAGGUACUCCGUGUCGAGAGUCCAGUAACUGGUGUGAUCUGCCCGAGUUCUGCACGGGUUCUGAUCCGCACUGUCCACCAAACGUUUACCUGCACGACGGGCACACCUGCCACAGUGUGGACGGGCACUGCUACAACGGCAUCUGCCAAACUCACGAGCAGCAGUGCAUCACACUGUGGGGGCAGGGUGCUAAGGCAGCUCCAGGUAUCUGUUUUGAGAGGGUGAACUCUGCAGGAGAUCCGUAUGGAAACUGUGGAAAAGACUCUAAGGGCUCCUUCGCUAAAUGUGAAGAGCGAGAUGCUAAAUGUGGAAAGAUCCAGUGUCAGGGCGGAGCUAAUCGCCCAGUGAUCGGCACUAACGCCGUCUCCAUCGAGACCAACAUCCCCCUGCAGGAGGGGGGGCGGAUCCUGUGCCGGGGGACCCACGUAUACCUGGGGGACGACAUGCCGGACCCGGGACUGGUUCUGACCGGGACUAAGUGUGGGGAGGACAUGAUGUGUCUGAACCGGCAGUGUCAGAACGUCAGUGUGUUUGGUGUUUACGAGUGUUCAGUGAAGUGCAGUGGACGUGGGGUAUGUAAUAAUAAGAAGAACUGUCACUGUGAGGAGCACUGGGCUCCUCCGUUCUGUGAUAAAGCUGGAUUUGGAGGCAGUGUGGACAGCGGACCCAUGAGACUGGCAGACGGUGGGAGUGUGAGGGUGGGGACGGUGGUGGCGUUCUUGUGUUUGAUGAUUGUGGGAACGAUCGUCUGCAUUAAGAGGAAGACUCUGGCUGGACUCUUCAUCAGCAACAAGGAAAACUCCAUAGAGAAGCUCAGGUCAGUGGGACCCAAUGGAUCAGCCAGUCCUGGACACACAUUCCCAACCAGCCAAUCACACGUCAGCACACACACACACUCCGCAUGCAGAGCAUCACCACAGUGCCAAGCACCAGCCAUACCACAAAGUGCCUGUUUAUAUAAGUCUGCUCUAGGAGUGGAUUCUCUGGUGGGGUCGGUUUCUCUGCGGCGGCUCCCUCAGUGUCCUCCUCUCCACCUGACCCACCCUCUGCCCUUCACCCUGACCCCCCCUCCCCCUGCUCCACCCCCACACCGCGCCCCGCCUCCUCCUCUACCACACACACACUCACACACACACACUCUCUCACACACACACACACACACCUGCCCACACACUCCCAAACUCAGAGCGCACCACCCUCGCCCCCCCUCCCCGCCGCUCCACAGCCUGAGCUGCCAGAACUCCUGCAGGACGGCUCUGGAGAAACCCAGGCCGCCCCAAAAGCCUUUACCCGCUGACCCGCUGGGUCGAUCCGUCCGGUUACUGCGGAGCCCGUCAGCCGUAACCCCGCCCAUCCCCAACCCUGCCGGCCCCGCCCCCCGCACCGCCCCCCCACUCCACACACAGCCCAACCGGCCACCUCUGAAGCAGCCCCCCACACUGCCAAAGCCUCAGUUCCUCACAGGUCUGCCGAAACCCAGCAGCUGAGAUCCGGGCUGGAGGACCUGAGCGGAGAAAACUCUUAAUUUGCACUAAAACUAAAAAUGCAUCGGUCUUUAUGAACACUGAGGCCGGGUCGGGGGG